AUGGCUAGCCCACCGCCGCCGGGAGCCCAUCCGGGUGCCAUGAAGAAUGAUAUGGCCCCCCAUGCUGCCGACAAUGCCGGCGCCGCUCUAGUGCCUUUCACCCGUCCAUUCACCCUGACGGAGGCGCUUCCCUUCUCACCGUUCACCUCUGUCGCGCCAUUUUACUCGGGCAUUGUCCCGAACCCAACGUUGGGCUCGGGGUUCACCAGCGUCCACAUCUCAGAGCAAGUCUCCCGCCACGAAUACGACAACCUGAACCAAGAUGCGGCGCAGAAUCACAACAUGUCGAAGCGAACAGACCACGCAGUGCACCAAGUCCAGCAAGUGCUUAAUUCCAAUGUGACGAAACCAUUCACUUUUCUCCAAGGGCCCAAGACCUCCGCCAACGGCUCCUCCGGCCCAAGCCUUGCCUCAGAGUUAUCUCCAUUCGCCAGGUUGAUAUAUGAUAAGACGAAUGUCUCGUUUCGCUACUCGACCCCAAAUAACAAUGCCGCCCUCGAAAUCAAUGGACUCAAGUCCCCCGCAGCGCUUGCCACCGCAUCGCCCUCGAUGCCCCCUAAGAAGAAACAAAAGUCGUCCGGAGUCAACAUCAAGUCAGAGCACCAGAAACAUGAUGUUCUCGCGGCAGCAAACAGGACGGCACACCUUCAGAACAAUGCGACUAUCGAAAUUUCGAUCCCGAGCCAGUCCAUGAGUGACUCCAUCACGGUUUCCCCAGUCAAGUUAGAGGAGCCGGCAACAGUGGGCGCAAGAUUCACGACUGAGGGAAGCUGGCAGUCAAACGACGCACAUUUGAAGAUCAAGGGGCCUUCUCCGGACAGCACUGAUUCGCGGCAGGAUGCAGCACGAACAAGACGACCUGAUGAAGAUCAAGAUGAGCUGCAAGGAGAUUUACCAGACCCAAGCUUAAAAUCAAGUGCAGCUCAACGGCCUCGCGAAUCGUUGCAAGUGAACAUCCCACUUGUAGAGGUCAAAGACAAGGAAAAGUACCACGACUACAAGGACUAUGUCGAGCCUCCUCCAACGACUCUGUCUCAUCCAAAGAUAUCGCAAAAUAGCUUCGAUGAUGCCCAUUACGAUCUUGAUGUAAACCAGCGUGAGAAGUCCGAUGCCGCUUUCAGGGACUUGCGGCGACAUUUAUCAGAUGUCUUUGCUGCUGAGCGCAAGUUGGUCAAUCAGUCAACACCGAACCAACAUGUUUUUCUGGUCAAUGAAGACGUACCGACCAUGACGAUCACGGCACAGCAAAAGACUCACAAUCUCAUCGAGAAGACAAUCGACUUGCGUUCAUUUGCAGAUGCUCCUUUAAACGAGCUUCUGCAUGUGCAGAAACUCUGCGACGGUGCCUUGCGGCUUUCGGAGGGCUUGGAUAUCAAGCUUGAUGAGUCCUGGGGUGAGGAAGAUGUACUUGCAUGGAUCGCACAACUGCCACACCUCGAUCUUGGCCUCAAAGCGGCGCGAACAAGUCUAAGAAUAAUGGCUGGUGGCCGGGAAGAUAGGCAGCUUUAUUCAGAAGAUACGAUCCAAAUGGCUGUCAACAUCUUCAAGAAUACUAUGGACAGUGUAGUCGUGCCCAUAACAGAGCUUCGACAGUCUGGGCCUACACAAAAACUCUUCAGUCUGCUUGUGCCUCACAGAAAAACGAUCACGGGAGUGUUCACAAGCUGCCAACGACUAUAUUUGCUCAUGUCUUCUUUGAUAAGCAGUAUUGAUCUCUCAGAGACCGUCACGAGCACCCUGGAGUACUUAUCUACUCAUUUGAUGUUCGUUGAGAACGCUUCGAGCGAGCGUGAGUCGUUGGUGGGCGUACAAAAGUUUGACGGACUGCGAAUGGUGGCCAUGGAUAUGGUUUCUCAAAUAUUUAUUAUGAAUCCAGCUCAAAGACAAGGGAUUUUUAACGAUCUCCUCACCUCACUCGAGAAGUUGCCCAUAGGCAAACAUAGUGCCAGGCAAUACAAGCUGCUGGACGGAGCCUCGAUCCAGCCGGUUUCAGCAUUGAUAAUGAGGCUGGUACAGAGUAGCGCCGGCAGGGUGGACACAUCAAAGACAAGAGCCAGACUGAUGGCAGCAUCUGAGGAGGAUGAGGAUGGCGAAGGCGAGGAAGACCCAAAUACCCGUCAGGGGCGAUUAGGCGCCUUCACCUCUGGGAUUCUGAGCGAGGAGGAAUCGGCCCAGCAGCCAGAUCUGGCUAUGCAUGAGCUCAAGGACGUUGGUGCUCCUCUGGCUGAGACGGCACGGCACAAUGCCGCCUAUGUCAUCAACUUUAUCGUUAGUCGGGCUCUCAGGUCAACCAAGACAGGGGACUCGCCUUAUCGCAAUCUGCUCGACCUGUUUGUCGACGACUUUGUAACCUGCCUAGACUCGACAGACUGGCCGGCGGCCGAAGUACUCUUGCGACAGCUUACUUUCCAGAUGAUCUCGCAAAUCGAGGCAGAACGCACCCCUGCCCCGGCCAAAAAUAUGGCAUUGGAGAUACUUGGUGUCAUGUGUGCUGCAAUCACCAAGUUGACGUCGCAGCUUCGUAAGGUGGUUGCCCAGCUCAGCACGGAGGUUGAUGACCCCCUCAGCUACAAGUUGGCGGAUUUGGCUGCGGCGUCAACGGCAUCCGCCGCAGACAAGGCUGGGCUGGACCAGCUGUCUGACUGGUCAGGUCCGCAUCGCGCGAUCCUUGAAUAUCUGGAGAGUCGGGUAAAGACAGAUCCACACCUCCAAAGCGCCAUAUCACUCAUUGUUGCCCAGUGGGCACAGCUUCUGGCAACAGUUGGCUCCGAGCUGAUGGAUAACAACAACACCCAGCCCGUCUCACCAGAGAUGGAAGAGGAGCUUGGACGUCUUGCCUUUCGCCUACGGAUGAUGGUGCAAGACAGCACAUGGAUCUCGACAAAAUACACGUUCCCAAAAGUCUCAGCACCCCAGGCACGCGCUUCUUACAUCAUGGUCAUUCAGCAACUGCAGCUAUGCAAGCUGUUGCCGCGUAUGCUGCACAUCCUGGUCAACUCCAUGACCAGCGAUCAGGCCACCGUAAAAAGCAAGAGUCUCAGGAGCAUCAACCAGGUCAUUGAGACAGACCCGACGCUCCUGGACGGUGAAUCGCCGGUGGUGCGCAUGAUUCUUUUCAAUCUAGAAGAUGGCUCCCCGCAGGUGCGGGAUUCUGCUCUCGCUCUCAUUGGAAAGUGCAUCGCACUCCGCCCCAGCAUGGAGACUGAGAUGGCGGCACAUGUUGUGGACCGAUUCCAAGACAAUGGUCUCGGUGUACGCAAGCGAGCAAUGAAACUUGCCAAAGAUAUCUACCUUCGACGGACUGAUGGCAGGAUCCGCAGUCAAAUUUCAAGUGCACUGCUCUUCCGUGUCGCUAUGGAUCAGGACGAAGGAAUUCGGGACCUGGCCCGGCAGACGAUCGAGGAGACGUGGAUUUUUCCCUUUUACAAUACAGAAUCCACUGCGGAAGACAAGACCUCACUAGCAGAACACAUCUCGUUGAUGGUGACCACUAUCAGGUCACACAAUGCUGCCGGCAGGAGCCUAGAGACGGUCCUUCGCACAGUUCUAUCCCCUGGGUAUAAAACAGUUACACAGAACUCCAAGGCAUGUCGUAAGCUGGUGGCAGGCAUGUUUGAUUUGGUCGCAAUAGCAGGAGCUGGCUCUGGGGACUCUGCAGGGCCUGCGGCUAAGGAGAUCCUCCAAGUCCUCGUGAUAUUUGCCGGUGCAAACCCCAGUCUCUUUGAUUUUGAGCAGAUCAGGCUCCUCAAACCACAUGUCACGACGAUCGCGAAGAACAUGUCUGCCGAAGACAUGGCGCUGGCUCGACCGGUGAUUGGGAUUUAUCGGAAGGUUCUACCUCAGCUGUCUGCUCAACAUCAUGCACAUUUUCUCGAAGAGAUUCGCGCAAAACUUUUACCGGCCGUGGCUUCGAUCGAGGGCAACGACCUGCUGGAUGAUGUGAUAGCGUGCAUAUGGAUCAUCAGUGUCGUCACCGGCGUCUCAAAACAGCUAGCGGCGCUGGCCAUUUCGGCGCUGGCAGGGCUCAGGGCCCUCCAAAAAACCACCACCUUUGCGUUGGGUCCCCUUAGUAAAACACAGCGUUACGCGCAGAUUCUAGGGCUAAUCGGCAAGCACUGCGACCUCGACCCGCACAGAGAGCUGUUCAAGGCUAAACUUGGAGACUUCAAGGGGUCAACCUCAAAGGUCAUGGUCGAUAUCAUCAUACCGUUUACGAAGAGUGGCAAGCCCAAAGAGGUCCGCACUUUCGCUCUUAAUGCGAUUGGCAAGAUCUGCCAGAAUCAUCCGCGCAACUACGUCAGCGCCAACGUUUACCAGGCCUUCCAGCAAGCUUUCGACGAACGUGAACCGGAGCUCGAACAGAUCGUUAUGACAUCCUUGCGUGAAUUCCUGAUCAAAGAGGAGCGCCGCUCGGAGCAGGCUUCGCAGGACGAGAAGGCAUCUGGUGUCAAAAAGGGCGGAGUAAGCAAGAAGGAGCUCACGACUAUGGGCGGUACAAACUAUGAUGAUGUGGCAAGCGCGACAACGCAACGGUUUUUGAAAGACCUCACCCGCAUAGCUUUGGCAACCAUCGACUCCCAGGCCUUCCUGGCCGUUGAGGUCCUUUCCAGUAUCACUCGGCAGGGUUUGGUCCACCCGAAAGAGACAGGCGUUACCAUGAUGACUUUGGAGACGUGCCCAAGGAGCGACAUCUCGGACCUGGCCUACCAGGCCCACAAGCUUCUGCACGAGAAGCACGAGUCCGUACUGGAACGCGAAUAUGCCAAAGCUCUUCAGUCAGUCUUCCAGUACCAGCGAGACAAAAUCAAAGACGCGAGAGGUGCCUUGCACGUCAAGGACGAAACUUUUGUAUCCAAGAUGCAUCUCAUGAUGGAGUUGCUUGGAAUCAGCAAGACCAAGAACCGUCAGGGCUUCCUCAAGAAACUAUGUUCGCUGAUCGACUUUGACCCAGCAAAGCUCAACGUCGACGAUGGACAGCCCCUGCCCAACCAUGUCGAGUUUUCCAGGUUUCUCGUGGAAAACCUUGCCUUCUUUGAUUACGCCACCGUUGGUGAGCUUCAGCUUGCCAUCAACUCACUCGAAAGACUCGUUACCGGAAGAGGAGCCGACAUUGCGCAGUCGAUAGAGUCUGAAGUAUUUCAGCUUCGCAUAGAUGAUACAGGACCCAAGAGGGACGAUGCUGCCGCGCCCCUAGGAGGCUUUACUGACGUCAAUGACGGGUCUGGGGCUCCUCGUACGUCAUCUUUUGCAGCGCCGGUUGAUCUUGCCCGCCUACGACGACUCACCGCGGGAUCAAUGAUCCUUACGGCAGCCUGGGAGACACGGACAUACCUCCGCCGCCAGUACGGGCUCAGGGCAGAACGCCGGCCGUCGGAGGGCAAGGGCAAGCCUCUGGCGAAGGACCUGAGCAAGACUCCAACAAGGGUGCAGACUGUGACGGGAAACAAGCUGUGGGAGGAUUUUGACCUGACAAUGUCUGCCCUGUCCUCGCAGGAACAAAUGAUGGCUCAGUGCCGCAGGUUUGUGGAGCUUCUCAAUGUGGACAGCGACUUCAAGGUCGCAGACAACGAUGAUGACGACGAGAUGAUGAAUGGCGAUGGGCCGGCAACGCCCAGUGCCGAUGAGGAUGAGGACGAUGACGCACCAGACAGCGGCGCUCGUGGACGGAAGCGCAAGGCGCCCGGCACUCCGGGUCGUAAGAAACGUCCUCGGUCAACCUCGCAACCCCGGAAGCGCGGCCGCCCCCGCAAGAAUCCUCUGCCGGUGGCGAGAGACGGGGGAGACGGAGACUUGUGGUGA